UGGGGAGGCUUUUACCUGCACACUGACACACAGGCGUGUUUUCGUUUUCAAAUGAAAGCAGUGACACAGAAAUCUUCCUUUUUGAACCUAAACAGCCGAGCAGCGAACAUGUGUCUUCUAACAGGCCUCCGGUGCUUCACGUGUCGGCUGUGUGCAGGUUUCUGGUGUGUGGACGCUGCCAGAACCUCGGCUCGGAGUCCGUUAGCCGCAGGGUCCGGGACGAGCCAGCGCUGAGGAUGAAGAACCUGAAGACAAGUGAGCGGAGGCGAGAUGUGGCCGCACGUGCUCCCAAACACAGCUGCUCACACCUGUCCGCGAGCGUGAGCGCGCCGGGAGGCAAGCGACGGAGCCGGAGCGAGAGUCGCCAGGCCCGAGGAGGAGAGAGGAGGAGAGGAGCGAGGGAAGGUCAGCACCACCGCAUGCCACAGACAGACUGACUGUACUUCUACUGGGCUCCAUGCCGGGGACCUGGCUAUUUAUACCCAGCGUGUCUCUUAUUUGGACGAGACGGGGACGAAGUGAGCCUGAAUUUCAGAUUAAACACAAUAAUGAAACCAUCCGGUCCCAGGUAACAAACAUUAGCAUAUCAGCUGUACGCCAGGUUGGGAACGGGAGCCUCUAACCUUCACACCUCAGCCACAAACAAGUGCAUUAGUGGGGUUUGACCUGGCUUUACAUCAAUGUGUCACUUCAGUCCAAAUCUUUCUGAUGCAUCUGAGGGGUAAAUUCUGUGCAAGUCUUUCUAUUUCUUCCCUGUCAAAUGCUCAUGUUGACGCAGCCUUCAUUUAAUGAGAUUUACACAGUUUUCCCAAACGCCCCCUUUCCGACCAGAAGGUGCUCGGCCGCCGGGCUUCGACGUGGACUUCCCAGGUUCCCUUGUGAAUGGACUCUUGUAGUCUGGACCCUGAACCGGUCGAAUCCAAGGUUGAAUCGGGUCAACGGUGCUUUUGGCCCAAACCACAAUUGGCUGCUGGUACUUCGAGGCCCGUCCAAGACCAUCUUCAGCUCGAGCAGUGAAUCCAUCACAUCCACGCGGCAAACAACAGGAGACGCGCGUGAUGUGAGCCUGGUGGACUCCAGUGCUCGUCACCUAACUGGACCUAACUGGUCCCCCGGUCGUCAUGACAACGCUAACAGGAAGGGCUCGUUAGCCUGAAGCGAAAGGUCACUUUCCUUCCAUUGACUCACAAUUAUAGACAUAAAGGAGUCUUACACACACAUCCACGCCACAUCGCGCUGUCACUCACAUCUACACAUACAGACUCUGGGGUCCACCCACACACACACGCACACACACACGCACACACACAGCCUCAUCUGUGUAUGAACAGACCUCUGAGCAGGAUGAGGGAACCCUGGAGGUGCCUGUUGGGCCUGUGCCUUCUGGCCUGCUCAGCCUCCAGCCACAGCGCCACCAAUCCCUUCGCGGGGCAGCAGACCCCCCCCGACCCGUGCCACGACGACACAGGCGCCGCCCGCCGCUGCAUCCCGGAGUUCAUCAACGCCGCCUUUGGCAAGGAGGUGGCGGUGUCCAGCGUGUGCGGGCGGCCCCCGUCGCGGUCCUGCAGCGUGGUGGAGCGCGGCGACGACCGCCCGUCCGUGCGCACGUGCCAGAUCUGCGACGCGGCCGACCCCCGCCGCGCCCACCCGGCCUCCUACCUCACCGACCUCAACUCGGCCCACAACCUCACCUGCUGGCAGUCCGAGAAUCUGAACACGUCGCCGCACAACGUCACGCUGACCCUUUCACUGGGUAAAAAGUUCGAGAUCACCUACGUCAGCCUGCAGUUCUGCUCGCCGCGUCCCGAGUCCCUGGCAAUAUACAAGAGCAUGGACUAUGGGAAAACCUGGAUGCCGUACCAGUUCUACUCCUCGCAGUGCCGGCGUAUGUACAACCGGCCCAACAAGGCAACCAUCACCAAGCAGAACGAGCAGGAGGCUCUAUGCACAGAUGGUCACACUGACCUCUAUCCACUUUCUGGAGGACUCAUCGCUUUCAGCACUCUAGAUGGACGACCCUCUGGCAAGGACUUCGACAACAGCCCCGUCCUUCAGGACUGGGUGACUGUCACCGACAUCCGCGUGGUCUUCAGCCGGCCCCAGGUGGGACUGGGGGCCGGAAGCAACGGCGGCGGGAGGGACGACGACCCCAUGGCGGUGACGGCGACGCUGCCCGCGUAUUUCUACGCGGUGGGAGACUUCCAGGUGGGCGGGAGGUGCAAAUGCAACGGACAUGCCUCCCGCUGUCUCAGCAACAAGGAAGGCAAGCUGGUGUGCGACUGCAAACACAACACAGAAGGACCCGAGUGUGACCGUUGCAAGCCCUUCCACUACGACCGGCCGUGGCAGAGGGCCAACGCCCGCGAGGCCAACGAAUGUCUGCCCUGCAACUGUAACCUCCACGCCCGCCGCUGCCGCUUCAACAUGGAGCUGUACAAGCUGUCGGGGCGGAAGAGCGGAGGCGUUUGCAUGAACUGCCGCCACAACACGGCGGGACGCCACUGCCACUACUGCAAGGAGGGGUUUUACAGGGACAUGGGAAGACCCAUCACUCAUCGACGAGCCUGCAAAGCUUGUGACUGCCACCCGGUGGGAGCUGCAGGCAAAACGUGCAACCAGACCACGGGGCAGUGUCCCUGCAAGGACGGCGUCACCGGCAUCACCUGCAACCGCUGCGCCAAGGGCUACCAGCAGAGCCGCUCCCCGGUGGCCCCCUGCAUCAAGAUCCCAGUGGUCAACCCCACAGCUGUGGUGAGCAGCACAGAGGAACCAGCAGACUGUGAGUCCUAUUGUAAACCGGUGAAGGGCAACCUGAAGAUCAACAUGAAGAAAUACUGCAAGAAGGAUUACGCGGUCCAAGUGAACGUGCUGGACAUGGAGACGGUGGGGGACUGGGCCAAGUUCUCCGUGAGCGUGGUGUCUGUGUACAAGAGCCGCGGCGAGCCUUUGAAGCGGGGCGACAACAUCCUGUGGGUGCACAUGAAGGACUUGGCCUGCAAGUGUCCCAAGAUCCAGAUGAGCAAGCGGUUCCUGGUGAUGGGCGGGAGCGACGGCGGGACGGGCCCGGGGGCGGGUCCGGGGGUCGGGCCGGGGGGCGGGGCCACCGGUCCGGGGGCAGAGCGCGUGGGCCUGGUGGCGGACAAGAACAGCCUGGUGAUCCAGUGGAGGGACAUUUGGACGAGACGUCUGAGGAAGUUCCAGCGCAAGGAGAAGAAGGGGAAAUGCAGCAAAGCGUGAUGGGAGAGCAGCGUCCGUGCUACCUCUGCCUCCACCCACCACCUUCACCCUCCCCAUCACACAAACGCUGCACAUUACAAAGACUGCAUGUAACCCCUACCAGUUUUAAGGACAUUAUGUGUAUAUUGUAUAAUUAUUUUCCAUUUUAUUGGUGUUUUUUGUUCGAUUGGUUUGCCUUAAAAAGGGACCAUUAAAAAGGGCAUGAAGUGUAGACUAGAGCAGAAGUCAUUCCCUCCUUCAGCGACGACAGCAGACGUGUCCACUUGUCCAGUACCACCCCCCCCCGCCCCGGUUCUCAGCCUGACGUCUCUGAGGAUCUCGACAGCGAAGGUGACUUCAGAGACGCACUAACGACGGCCUCGUACCCUCUGCUCGGCUGCUUCCAGUUCCACCGUUGAAACUGUCGGAUCAGCUGCCUCACGGCGUUCGCUGUUCAAAUGCUCAACACACGAGCCCAUUUGCUCCAGGUAUUUGCAGUAACAUCUUUAAAACAAACUUUUCUUCCUGUGAGGAACCAAGGGCUCUCUUCGCAGGGACAUUUUCCACUGCAGCUGCCACCAGACAGCCCUCGCAGACCAAACUGCUGAGCUACGCUCCCAUAUCAAGUAAUCGAUGCCACUGCCCGUAACAGUUUAAGAAUUUGUCGUUUGUGCGUGGCUUAUUAUGUCAUCCAUCCAUAUCUCAGCCGUAUGCUUUCUGAUGUAUCUCCUUUGGAUUUAAGCUGAAGAACUCCUGUUGGCUUGUGUGAGGAGACUGGGACUGGGCCUCUGCACCACCAGUUCCUCUCAUGAGUGGUUUAUAAUGUCAUGCAUCCCCUCCAUGACUCAUUGCUUGUCACUGUUUUUUUUUUCUUGAAGGAAGAUUAAGCGAUGUGGACAACUGGCUGGAAUUUUAAAACAAUACCAAUAUUUCCAAGGUUUUGCUUUAUGGAUAAUAUCUUCCACUGGGUGGUGGUCCUCCAGAUGUUGCUGUGUGGCCGCUGUCAUUUCUUUGUCUUUAAAUGUCUGACUAUUUUUCUGAUGUAUUUAGUGACCGGCAGGCGUUUGUUUGCCAUUUUAAGAGAUUGAAAUGAGAGUUCCUUUUUAUGCAGUAAAAUGAAAACAAAGUCGGAUAAACAACACAGUUGUUUCUUUCUCUAUGUGUAUUUUGACAAAAUGAAUGAGGCUGGAAAGUUUUUAGAACUCACGGAUUGUAUUAUGACAUGAGAAGGUCAUAUUUCAUUCCUCGUGUGCUUUUGUUAUGUUUGCAUGUUUGUGGUUUUUGGUCUGUCAAAACCGUACAGUGAGCAGAACAAGAACUAAACCAAUAUGAGCAUGAAGAUCCAAAGGAACGCUUCCCGAGUCAUCCUCUCCCACCCAAUCCGCCCCAACGCCGUCCCUGCCAUCGUCUGCCAAAAACGCCUCGUCAGAUUUGAAAUCUAGUCGCUCUCACGCCUUUUUGCCGUUAUUUCAUUGUGUAAAGCACGUCGCAAUUUAUUUAAAUAGCACAAGAUAAACAUACAUUUCUGAAGGGGGAAGUGGGGCGGCGCUGCGCGUGGUAAGCUAGUUGCUAGCUAGCUAGCUACCAGUUACGCGCCUCCGGCUGCGGUGGCGCGUUUGGUUUGUCCUUCCUCCAGAAGCGUCUCUCUUCUGCUGUCCUCGUCCCCGUUUCACCCAUUUGUGCAUGUUGUGGUGUAGUUGGUGAACUGUACUGCACCGUAGUCCCUGAUUUCAGACUGUGAAGAACACGCUCAUACUUUUUUAUGGUUUGAUUGUAACUGUAAAUUGUGAAAUAAUGCCACCAAGGUUGAGGCUGAGGGCAUCGUGUCACGUGAUCCCACCACCAACUUGGUCCAGUGUUCAUCAUCCAGUAAUGAUUGUUGAUCUGCAUGCUUGUCCAUUGAGACAAUUUAACGAUCCAGAUUUGACUAAAAUGCAGAACCAAACUUUUAAUCAUGUCUGGGAGCGUAACGUGCCACAUCGUGAUGGACGCCCCCCCUUCCGUAGCAUCGACCACGCUCACUAUUGUACAAUCUGGAGUUUGUUUCACAUGAAGAUAGGCAGUGAGUGAGUGAACCAGAUGUGAAAGCUGGGUCGCUCCUGAAAGCUAUUUAGUGAGCCUCAUAGUGAGAGCCAUCCUGUUGUUCUGCAUUAACGAGGCAGUGGAAUUAAGGCCGUAACUGCUUUGUCCACCCCCCACCCCCCGCUCCUGCAGCAUUUAUAGCAUCCACAGGUGUGUGUGUGUGUGUAUGUGUGUGUGAGUGUAUUUAAUUAGCUUACCCAAGUAAACAAGUGACAGGCACAUGACCUGAAAAUGCAGAGAGGCCGUAAUUUAGUCCAUGAUGAAGAAUUUUCCCUCUACGAUUUCUUUUGUUUGGUUUCGCCUCCAUCCGUAGUUUCUCCCUGCUUAACGAGUCUCGACACUUUUUUUUUUUUAUUGUUGUAAAUAUGUCCUCUGGCGUUUUAUAUUGUGUUGUGCGAAGCGUGAUGUGCCCGGGACAACUUGCGCGCAUGGAUGUACAAACCAGAUGAUGUUAUAUGGAUGUAGAAACCAGAAACAUAUGCUUUUGUGAUCAUGUGCAGAAGAUGUGGUUCGGGUCUUGCAAAGAAUGUAUUCCUUUUGACUUCAUGUCGUUUCCAGACAACAGACAACCCAAUUGUAUAUGAAUUAAAAUGUGACACGGGCUUAUCGGACCCUCUGCUUUUCCCAUAGAUUUGCAGACAGGAACUGACACAAUAAUCCACCGCCUCCUGUUGAAUUAAUGUCCUGGGGAUGAUGCUUCACUCAUACACCUUCCUUUUUGGGAACAAACUAUUCUUUCAGUUCAGCCUUGGUUGUCAUUUCUGUUAUAUCAGAGUCCUGCUUGUACAUGUUCCUCUGAGGCAAUGAACCACUGACUUUUCAUUUUAAAUGACAAAGAAAAUAAAUUAUUAGUUAAUGA